AACACUUCCGCUUAAUUCAUUUUUUUUUUUUAAUUUCCAGUAAAACGUGAGGUGCUCUACGUUUCUUUUCAUUCUUCAGUGGUAUGAAGUAGAGGUUUAAGGUCAUCAAGAAUUCUAAUGAGAAGAGUCAUACGACGGUCCUAAAUUGUUAAAGAAGUACUACUUUUCAUUCAAGAAUUGUGAAAAAUUACCAACAAGUCAAGUCGGAAUUUGAUUUCAAAUAGUUGAUUGUGUUGGAUUGAUUGGUUGCAGUUGGAUGGUGGAAGCUAAUGGUUGGUUUUGUAAAGACUACACCCAUGUAUGUUGAGUCUGUUGGGCUUCAGGGAACUAACUACCCUUAGCUAGAAAAGAACCCAAGAUGAAUGAGAUGCUUAGGAGGAUUUGUCGACGCAACUUCUGCACUUGCUCUCCUCGGCCGUGGCUCUUUGUUGGGUUGGGAAAUCCUGGGGAUAAAUACAGGGGAACGAGACAUAAUGUUGGUUUUGAAAUGCUUGAUGCAUUCGCAAAUUCACAAGGGAUUCAUAUGGAGACAAUACAUUGUAAAGCUAUGUUUGGAAAAGGUUUUGUCAAUGGCAUGCCAGUUCUCCUUGCAAAGCCACUGACUUACAUGAAUUUGAGUGGUGAAUCCAUUGGCCCACUUGCAGCAUAUUACAAGCUCCCUCUCAAUCGUGUGGUCGUGUUUCAUGAUGACAUGGAUUUACCAUGUGGAGUUCUUCGUCUUCACCCCAAGGGAGGUCAUAACAGACAUAACGGGUUAAAGAGUGUGAUGUAUCAUUUUCGUGGAAAUGGAGAGUUUCCUCGGUUAAGGAUAGGUAUUGGAAGACCUCCUGGUCAGAUGGAUCCCAAAGCAUUCAUGCUUCAAAAGUUCAAUUUAACUGCAAGAGAACGAAUUGAUGCUGCAUUACUGGAGGGAGCACAUGCAUUGGAGCAAGUCUUAUCCAAAGGCUUCUCCGAAAGUUCUAAUUGUUUCAAUACAACGCAGAAGUACAAGCACAUACGAUUGCAGACAUUGCCAACGUGACGUCAUGCAUAAAGAUAUAUCCUUAAGGAGCUGGCAAUUAUCUUAAUUGGUUAAGCUUUCACGUUGCUUUUGCUCCUUCGGAAUUACUUGUACUUGGACAAAAAGAAACCAAGUAAACCUAGCUGCUCAGUACUCUUAAUAUCGAUCCAUGAUAAAGUGACGAAAGGAAUAUUUAGAACUGCAUAUCUCUAGUUGGUGUGAUGUGAUUUUGACAUCACCCAUAAAAUCCAUAAUAGCAAUUAGCAUCACUUCCUUUGCUUGUGAUUUCCUUUCUACUAUUUUAGUUUUCAUGUAUAAGCUCUGUUCGUUGUAAGCUACUAAAACUUAAUUAGCUCACUUGUGGGUGUUGAAUUGGUGUACGGCUGGACAUUCCAUUGCCAUCAAUGCAUCCUAUUACUCGAAAUAACCACCUUUCCUCUUUACCAGUCACUACUAAAUGACAUGUUAUCUGCUGUUAAGAAGGGUGGAUGUUGUACAGGUUGAGCUAGGAUCAAGCACUCACUUAAUUUCUCGGAGUACAGCUAUGUGAACUGCAGAAAAAUUGCAGGAUUAUUGAGAAUUCCGGUUUCCUGUACAAAAUUUGUGUAUCACUUCUUAUUCGACAACUGUAAGUUUGUCAAAAGAAGGAACUCCAGGAACCAAUGGAAGUAUAAAUUUUGCGUAAGAACCAUUUGUAUUGUCUUUCCAUCAUUGUACAUUGGCAUUCAUAAUAUAUAUCAGCUGUGAAAAUGGUAAGGUUAACUUUAUCAUAUGACUAGAGAAUAUGAAAUUGACAACUCAAAAUUACAGGACUAUUGACAUGUAAUAAUUCAUGUGUAUAUUUUGUUAUUUAGUUGAUUAUUAAAUAUUGAAAACAUUUUCUA